AAAAAAGAUAAACUCUAUAAGCAGUUCAUUAAUUCUAGGGACUCAACUACUGAGUUAAAAUACAAACGCUAUCGGAAUAAACUGAAUCAUCUUAUAAAAAUUGCUAAACGAAAGUACUAUGAUACAAAAUUUGAGAAGGCUAAAAAUAACCUGAAAGAAACUUGGAAACUAAUCAAUGAUGUAAUCAACAAACCGAGCAGAAAAGCAGCUCUGCCAAAUUCCUUUUUCUCUGAUGGAAAACUGUUAAAUGAUCCACAAGAAAUAGCUAACUGCUUUUGUAAGUUCUUCACCAACAUAGGUCCGAAUUUAGCAAGGAAAAUUCCAGACACACAAGUAUCUUUUCGUAGUUUUCUUGGCGUUUCUGUUAAUGAGUCGCUUAUCUUAAAUCCAACUAAUAUUUCGGAACUAAAUCAAAUAUGCAACUCUUUUAAAUCUGGAAAGUCGCCUGGAUAUGAUAACGUUUCAAUGGAUAUAAUAAAAAGCACCUUUGAUCUCAUUUCUCAGCCUUUGGCCAAUGUAAUCAAUUUGUCUCUUAUUAAAGGAGUAUUUCCUGAUGAAUUGAAAAUUGCUAAACUGAUUCCGGUAUUUAAAGCUGGUGAUUCCCAGUAUUUCACUAACUACCGUCCAAUUUCGCUUCUUUCUAAUUUUUCUAAAUUCUUUGAAAGAGUUAUGCACAAUCGUAUUACAAAUUUUUUAGAUCGUUUAGAUAUCUUAUACUGUUGCCAAUUUGGAUUUCGUAAAAAAUAUUCUACAGCGCUGUCUUUAAUUCAUCUUAUUAAUAAAAUUGCAACUGCUAUUGACAGAAGCGAAUAUACAGUUGGCAUAUUCUUAGACUUAUCAAAAGCAUUUGAUACUUUAGACCAUCAAAUACUCUUGUCUAAGCUUGAGCAUUAUGGGAUUCAUGGGCUAGCACUUAGCUGGUUGAAAAGCUAUUUGUCAAAUCGCGUGCAGUUCGUCCAGUACAAAGAGACUUGUUCUAUUAGGCUGACUCUGAGCUGUGGAGUCCCUCAAGGUUCUAUAUUAGGACCAUUAUUGUUUGUUUUGUAUAUCAAUGACCUCCCUUGUGCUACUCGUCUUGCUGAAACUAUGCUUUUGCAGAUGAUACUAGUGUGUUUUAUUCUAAUCCCGAUUUAAAUUGUGCUAUUUCUGCCGUAAAUAAUGAUUUAUCUCAAAUUGAUCUUUUUAUGAAAGCAAAUAAGCUCUCUGUUAACAUAACGAAAACUAAUUAUAUCAUUUUUGCAGCAAGGCAAAAACCAGUCGGCUUCCCAAUAAAUCCUGUCUUGUACGAUGAGGUUUUAUUAAAACAAGUAAAGGUAGUUAAAUUUUUAGGGGUUUUUAUCGACGAGCAUCUAACGUGGAAGCCGCAUAUUACUUAUAUAUGUAAGAAAAUUUCAAAAUCUAUUGGCGUCAUGUUUAGGUCUCGUUUCUUUCUUUCUGAAACAAAAAAAAGUCUCUUUAUUAUACCUUAAUUUAUCCUUAUUUAACAUAUUGUACCACAGUUUGGUCCUCCACUUAUGUAACAAACCUUAAUAGAAUUUUUCUUCUACAAAAGCGAGCAGUACGAAUUAUUACAAAUGCAGAUUUUCGCGCGCACUCUGAACCAUUAUUUUUCCGUUUAAAGAUUUUGGACAUAUACAACAUUAAUUCAUUCUAUACUGCACAAUUUAUGUUUUCAUAUUAUCAUCAAUUACUGCCACCGCUUUUUUCGAACCUUUUUGUUACUAGUAGCAAUAUUCAUAAUUAUAAUACUAGAAGUUCCUCGCAUUUCCGUUCUCAUGCCUGCCGAACUAACACCAAACAAUUUUCUAUUUUGUUCCAAGGCCCAAAAAUUUGGAAUUCUUUACCAAACUCAGUCACUUCGAUUUUUACAUUGCAAUCGUUUAAAACGAAAGUUUUUGAUUUUCUACUAUAUCGAUAA